UGAAAAAUUAACGACCCCCGCCAAUGACGGCCACAGAGGAGCGGCGGGCAAUUACCGCGAGAAGCCACCGACUGCCGCGUGUGUGUGUUUAACCGGUCGGGAAUGCGCGCACCUCGACACGAGUGUCAUCCCCUCUUUUCAUGUCGCUUUAUCCGCGAGCAAAUCCGUCCUGGGGUGAUGUGAUGGGGGGUGCGGGGAAGACAUCACCGGCAAGACAAAGGAGACACAAAACAAAACAAAUGAAAGAGACCCCCACCCACCCACCUCUCCCAAUACCCUCUUGCCCGUGAUUACUGUCCUUUCAUUGUGAUUGCGCGAGUGUGUGUAUAUAUACUGUCGAUGUACACGCACAGGGGUGUGCAGAAGCAAGAGGUGGCUGUACAGAUAUCGAGCAAGUUGUUGGUUGUCUCGCUCCUGCUGCUGUGCGCGUGCUGCUGCUGCUGCUCUGCUGUGCUGUGUGUGCAGGUGUCACGAUGGUGCUGAAGGGACAGCUGCCCGUCUUGGCUCUGAUUGGAGCCCUCAUCAUCCCCUCCGCGCUCAGCGAGUGCUUCUUUGACGCUAAAGCCGUGUGCGAAUCGGAGGGCGAGCAUUACCAGAUGGGGGACACGUGGCUCAUAGCCGACCGCUGCCUUCAAUGCACCUGCCUGCACCCCUUCGGAGUGGGCUGCUGCAAUAUCGAGCAGCAGCCCAUUGACUACCCGGAGUGGUGCACGGCUGUGCGGAGGCCCGGCUCGUGCCGUGUGUCCGUGGUGAUGAAGGCGAACCGCCGCGUGUCCUGCGUCUACAAGAGCAGCUGGGGGGCCCGGCCGGGAGAGGGUGGCCAGAGUGGGGCAUCGAACCCGGAGCCUCCUGCCUCGGAGCCAUUCCUGGCAACCAACGAGAUCCCGGAGCCAUUCUGGCGCUGAGCCUCUUUUUUUUGGUCGUGUGCGGGUAUUUGGAACACGGCUGGCUUUUGUCGGUGCUGUAGGCUUGCUCGAAUUGGCUGCAUUGUGGACUCAAGAUAGGGUUGCUACUUGUUAUGUGUUUACCAGCAUCGUCCUCUCUUUGGGGUACGGUAGCUGUCCUGGAAAAUACGGAAUUCUUCCCGGGACAAUAAGUAACGUUUUUUUGUCAAUUGCAUAUAAUAAUACACUACUAUAGACAAUGCAUUUGCAUGUAGUUUUCCCCUCCUCCAGUAUUGCGAGAUAUUAUUCACACGAAAUGUCCCGGUUUUUUUUUACCCCAGUUGGCAACCAUAACUGUAAUAGUGUGGAUUUAUUACGGAUACUGACGAUGAUUAUGCAUUUCAAUAAUCCCCUUUAUUUUACUCACCGAGUCUCAGGACACUUGUUCAGGAGGGUCCUGAUACUUUGGAAUGUUUGGUCAAACCCGUAAAUGGGUGUUUAGAUAUAUUUGGGAGGAAACUAGAUAAUCCACAGAUAUCCGACGCAUGCUGAAUGUACAUCUGCAGGUCGUUUGUCAAUACACUGCUUGACGAGGGUUUCCCCACACCGAGGGUUACACCCUGCGGCAAAAGCCAUUGCUCUGUUGUUGCACCACCUUCAGCCCGAACUUACCAUCGUGGUGAAGUAUGGCCAAAUAUUCCCCACGACCCGGACAGCGUGGGCUCUCAUACAGCAGUUGACAAAAUGUGUACAUGAACAUUGAGAGCGGGCAGGAUCAGUUACAAACGAUUUCUGUUCAUUGAUAACCUUUGCUCAGAUUUUAUGUAAGAUGUCAUUGGUUCAUGUUUGAUCAUUGCUGUCCAAUCUUGCUUAAAUUAUCCGAUAAAAUAUUAAAGAACCAAACAUUCAGUGUAUCGGAACUAUAUUAGAUUAUUGACAAAAACUGCCCGAUCUGUAAUUCUAGCAAGUCUAUACAUUAACAUACAUAGUCAAAAUGUGAUAUUUUAGCCAUGAGAAUUCGUGUUGUUAUCACUGACUAUAAUGGGUUUUGAUUCAACUGCGAAUUCUCAAUGUAAGUACCCGAUUGCAUGAAAUUUCACUAUAAUCCACGCGUGACAGAUGCUUGAAAUUAAAACAUUGCAUAAACGGGACAUUUAGUUUAUUUAUGAGAGCACAGUAAGUUAGUGUUUCCAAUGUACACGUUACAUUUGUAAUAAUGAUGAAGGGAAUUUACAGCUCCAUGUUAAUCCACUGCUGGAUGAAUGUCUGCCUACGCCUUAUCGGUCGUGGGGGUUGCUUGAUCAUACUUCACCAAACCGGUCAGCGCGGGUUGGUGUAGCGGAACGGAAGGGGGUGUCCAGGAUCGAAUCCGAUAUCACUGGUCAGUGAUGCUAGCCACUUGCUGGGAAUCAAACUCAGGGGCUGGGUGAGUAACGCAGUGCGAUACCCACUGAGCCACCGAGACAGAAGGGGUCAUUAGUCACCAACGGCCAAUGACUGACGUGGUGAAGGAGGGCACAACAACAAACCCCGCAACAACCGAAAUUUGUGGCGAAGCAUUCAGCAGUGCAUUGACAAAGGGCUGUAUAUUGUUAUUUCGGAGAAUACGUAUUAGAUUGCUGCUUUUGGUGUCAAAUGUGGCAAGCACAUAUAAUGUAGUAACACUCACAAUGAGGGAAGGGCUGAGCUCAAUUAACCCAAUGAACAGAUAGCAAUGAGUGGCCAGUUAAUGAUUAAUUAGCCGGAUCUGAUUCACCUGAACCUGUAUUCUUUACAAUUUGACAAGUGUUUAAUGGAGCCAAUUAAAAAGCAAUCGCUCUGCACGGAGCAAAUGUCUCUCUAUAAA